AUGGAUUUGGCUACGACAACCUUACAAAUGACUAUAAAAUCAUUCGUUUAUGUCUCUAUUAUUGUUGAACACCGUUACUACCGGAACUGCGUUCACAAUGAAUAUUUAAACCCCUUUUGGGAGAUAUAUAGUUUAAGAAGUAACUCGUGGAAAGAACUUGAUGUUUGCGUGCCUUCUUCGUACCAAACUAAGCGGACCCAAGUCUACAUGGAUGACGUGUGUCAUUGGUUGGGUAAUAAAGAUCAACGAAUUAGCCCCAUUGAACCAUGUUUGGUGUCAUUUUACUUAAGCAAUGAGGUGUUCCUCAUAACACCCAAACCCUUAAACUUAGAUGAUUGUUUUGAUGUUUUUAAUAUCAGAGGAAAUUGGGUAAACUUGGCUGUGUUAAAUGGGUCUAUUGCGUUGAUCUCAUAUCAUGUAGAGACGACCACUUUGCACUUAUUAAUUUUGGGUGAACUCGGUAUAAAGGAAUCAUGGAUCAAACUCUUUGUUGUUGGACCGUUGCCUUGCAUUAAGUAUCCUAUCGGAGUGGGGAUGAAAGGUGAAAUAUUCUUCAUAAGAAAAGAUAACGAACUAGUUUGGUUUGAUUUACGUACCCAAACAUUUGUGGAGCUUGGUUAUAAAGCAGAGGAUUAUUUUAGUAGGAUAACACUUUACAAGGAAAGAUUUCAUCCAAUUGAAUGA